CUCCAGUGAAACACAGCCUGCAGGUCUAGAGACAUCCAUCCUUCCAGCUCCCUCCAGUGAAACACAGCCUGCUGAAGAAACUACACCACUAAGGUCCACUGAUGGUCCUGAACCAACCAGGGACCAACAAGAAUGUACCAUAACUAUCCCUGAUAGAACUAUGGAUGAUCAUCAUGGUGACCAGAGUCCGGGUCCAGCCCGACCCUCAAGCCCCACACAUAAUGGAUCUGUGUCGGUCUCAGUCCAUCAGAAGGACCAUCAGCCUGUCCUCAUCAAGAGAGACAGUGGAGCCUCCCAGUCCAGCCUCCACAGUCUGGGUCUCCCCUCCACCUCCCGGUCCACCCCCCUCAGUCUGCGUCCCCCCUCCCCCUCCUGGUCCACCCUCCUCAGUCUGGGUCCCUCCUCCCCCUCCAGCCUCCUCAGUCUGGGUCUCCCCUCCACCUCCCAGUCAGCCAGAAGGUUUCGUUUUCGCUCCAAGUCAGAAUCAAGCUGCCUUGAAAAUCCCAAGUUGUCCACCGACCGUGUUUUACUAUUGAUGGAUAAUGACAUUGCAGAUGAAGAAGUAACGCCAGUUCGCGAAUAUCACGAUCAACCCGAAAGUGAAUCUGAUGACUCAAACUCACUAAAACCAGUCCCCAUCAGGAGAGACCAUGGAGUCUCCCAGGUCACCCCCCUUAUUCCGUCAGCCAUAAGGUGUCGUGUUCGCUCCAAGUCGGAAUCAAGUCACUUUAAUAUCCCAAGACCCAGGCGCCGUGCUUCACUACUGAAGGGGAAUGACAUUGCAGAAGAAGAAGGCCAGUUCUAGAAAAUCUGGAUUAACCUGAAAGUGAAUCUGAUGAAUCAAACUCAAAAACGGAGGAGGAAAUACACCAGUCUGAAACAUCUUCUUUUUUUUUAGCGAAUUUCUUGAUGAUACUUUUGAUGUUUUUGCACUAUUUUUUAAACUAACGAUGACGCGUACAUUUUUAACUCAUGAUUCAUUUUGUAGCGAAUGAAGUUGUGGUUCCGUGCUAAACGUUAGGUGCUAUCAUAGUAUUGAAGGUGCAAUAAUUCAGGUGCUGAUCAGUGUUUCUCGGCUCCACUUUAAG